AUGGCCCUGCUGCUGGACCGAAAAGACCGGCGCUACCUCAUCACCCUGGCCGACGGGCAGGUCUUUCACUGUCAUUUGGGCCGGUUGGCCCACGACGGUCUGAUCGGUCAGUCGGUUGGUGGUUGGUAUCGCACCGACCGGGGCCAUACCCUGCUGGCGGUAAGACCCACGCUGGGAGAAUUCGUCAGGCAGAUGCCCCGGGGACCGCAGAUUAUCUACUCCAAGGACCUGGGCAACAUUGUUGCCUUUGGCGACAUUUUCCCCGGCGCCACCGUGAUUGAGUCGGGGCUGGGAUCGGGGUCGUUAACCGCCGCGCUGCUGCGGGCCGUGGGCGAAACCGGCAGGGUCAUCACCUAUGAGAUAGAUGAGGCCGUGGCGCCCCGGGCCAUGUCCAACAUCCAGCGGGUGAUUCCCAAUACUGCAAACUUGACCAUAACCAUCGGCGACAUUUACGAGGGCAUCGAGGAGCACCAGGUUGACCGGGUAGUGCUGGACGUGCCGGAACCCUGGCAGGCGGUGGCCGGAGUAGCCGAGGCCCUGAUCAUGGGCGGAAUGUUGAUCAGCUUUUCUCCUACCGUACUGCAGGUGCACCAGUUGGUGGGCAAGCUUCAGGAGGACGGCAGGUUCCAGAUGAUAGAGACUGUCGAGACCCUGCUGCGGCCCUGGCACGUUACCGAGCGGAGCGUGCGGCCGGCCCAUCGCAUGGUGGCCCACAGCGGGUUUCUGACCACCGCCGUACGGUGCCAGCCCCGGGUGAUUGGCACUGCUACCAAUCCGUUGCCCCCAACUUCCGAACCGGCGCCCCCAACUUCCGAUGAACCGCAGGAAGAGUAG